UCGCAGCGACGCAGCGGUCUGUGCCGGCGAGGACUGCGUAAUCCAGCAUGGCGGACGAGACGGUGCUGCUGCGAGUGAGCCAGGGCGAGCUGCGCGGACGGCGCAGGCGCACCGCCUGGGGGUUCCCCUACGUCUCCUUCCAGGGAAUCCCCUACGCCCAGCCACCGGUCGGGCCUCUUCGCUUCAAACCCCCACAACCUGCUGGCGCCUGGACAGGCGUAUUUGAUGCCACCAAACAGGGGAACGUCGAGUCACAGCUGAACAUCAGCACAGGCAAAUACGAGGGGGAGGAGGACUGCCUCUUCAUCAAUGUCUUCACUCCCAAGCUACCUUCAGAAGGGGCCCGUGGCCUACCCGUCAUGUUCUUGAUACACGGAGGUGGACUGUCUGCCUUCUCGGGCAAUGAAGAGUGGUUCGGGCCAGAUCUGCUCAUUCAGCAUGGCAUCGUCAUGGUCACGUUCAACUACCGGCUAGGGGUGCUUGGCUUCCUGAGUACAGGGGACAACGUCGUUCCUGGUAACAUGGGCUUCAAGGACCAGGUGUUGGCGCUGCAGUGGGUUCGGGACAACAUCUCCAGCUUCGGAGGCGACCCCGACAACGUCACCAUCUUCGGGUGCAGCGCUGGCGGCUGGUCCACCCACGCCCUCGUCCUCUCUCCAAUGGCAAAGGGUCUGUUCCGGAGAGCCAUCGCCCAGAGUGGAGUGGCGACCGGAGAUGGGGCGUUCACGAAAGACGUGCGUGCGAGGUCCUUCUUACUGGGAGAGCACCUCGGCCUGAAGACGCAGGACUCCAAGGAGCUGGUGGAGUUCCUCAGGAAGCAGCCUGACAGGCUACUGCAGGAGAGCGCCCUAUUCGGCCGUACAGAAGAGGACAAGGCCCGCAGCUGGAUCUUCCCGUUCGUGGGCACCCUGGAGCCCCCAGACGCCGAGGGCGGAGCCUUCAUGACGCGCCACCCCACAGACAUCAUGCUCAGCGGGGACUUCCAGCCAGUUCCGUUCAUCGUCGGCGUCUGCGACUUCGAAGGAUCGGUCACCGCCACAGUGGCGAUGCUGGAGAGGGAGAUGGUGUCCAGAGUGGCGCGCUGCCCCCGCCUGCUCCUGCCCGGCGACCUGCGCUGCAGUGAAGCCGAAAAGGAUACCGUGGCCGAGGACGUCCGCCGCUUCUACUUCGGCGACCGCCAGAUCGGGCCCGAGACCGAGAAACAGUUUUACGACCUGUAUGGAGAUACGAUGUUCGCCUGUGCUGCAGUCAGGGCGGCCAAAGUGCACAGUGCCAAGUCUUCUCAGCCAGUCUACUUCUACAUCUUCGACAUCCAGCGAGAGCUUGUUCCACAAGGACCUCUUAUGGCCCAGUUGGCGCAGUCCAUGGAUAAACUCAAAGGAACCGGUCAUGGAGCAGAUAUGGCGUUCUUGUUCCGCAACAUCAUGUUUGGAGAACCGCCAGAGAAGGAUUCCGAGGACGGGAAAAUUGCCAUGAAGAUGACUCGCCUGUGGACCAACUUCGCCAAGACUGGGCAACCGACAGAUCCUGAGCUGGACGUCUCGUGGCCGGCGUUCACGGUGGACGACCCCGCCUACCUGUACGUAGGGCGGCAGGGGUUCAUCGUGGAGCGGCGGCCCUUCGCCGAAAGGGCGGCGUUCUGGGAGGCCCUGUACCAGCGCUACGGCGGCUAGGGAGACAGCACACGCCGCCCCCACCCUGCAGCGAGCAGCAGCGCCCUCUUCCAACACUCUCAGCUCUCUCCGCAUGUUAUCCACGUCAGUAGACAGGUACUGAAAUGCUGCAAUUGGAAGACUACAGAUUCGACUGUGCUGCUGAUGCUGCUGCUAAUGCUGCUGCUGCUGAAGAUGAUGAUAAUACUUGCUUCUUGUUCGGCUGGAUUAAAUCGAAAAAUGUUUGUGAAUUGCUUUCUGGAAUUUAUAAGAAACUUAUGGAAGAAGAGUAUAAAAAUUUGAAUGCUAUUGACUAUUAUUUUUUUCCUAAACAAUUGUUUCCUUCUUUAUUUGACAUUUCAUGUGACUUCCAUAGGUUACCACAAGUGUUUCAGAAUGAUGUUUUUAUUUCUAAAUAUCAAUAUUGUUCUAACCAUCAUGAUCUGAAUGCACAUUGUCAGUUUGAUGGUCCACCUCCUAUAAAAAUGUAUUGCAGAGGUUGCUUAGUGGAAUUUUUAUAUGAAAUAGAAUAAAAUAAAUCUAUUAUAUAUCUUUAUUGUUAUAUAAUGUAUU